AUGGCCGUGGCCUGUCUCUGGGGCCACAAAGGGACAGCAGAGGGUCACAGCUUCUUAUUGAUCACAGGGCUGCCCGAAUGUCAGAUUCAUGCUGGAGGCCGCUCCCACUGUGGUGAUAUGGUGUCCCCAUAUUCUGUGGCCCAGGGCUGCUCACCCAGCGUGGCCUCCCCUGGGCCCCCGCCAGCCCCUGCAGUUUCCAACAACAGAGACUGCAGCCGAGCAGGGAACAGGGCCCAGGGCCUGGCCCCAGUCCCAAACUCUGACCUCCUGGCCUUUCCCACCAGCUGGCCAGUUGAGGGCCUGCACCUCACGCUGGACCCGCCUGGAGACCCCGCUCCCUCCUGGCAGCCCCGGCUGCUCAGGCAGGUCCCGGUGCCUGCAGGGGCUGGAGGGAGGCCCCGGGGCCUACACUGUUCCCCGGACGGCCUGCUCUUCCUGACUGCUGGGGCUGCUCCCUGCCUCCAUGUGCUGGACCUCGAGGGACGCUCUGUCUGCCACCUGCCCUGCCGCGUGCCUGGGAUCGGGGACUUUGUGCCAGAGGACGUCGCUGUGACCGCUGCUGGGCUCGUGGUGGUCAGCGACCUUGUCCAUGGGGCCGUCCACACACUCCAGCAUACUGCCCGGGACCCCCAAGGCCGCUGGGUGACAGUGGGUACCUUCCUGGCCCCCCAGGGGCUGGCUGUGGACGCCCUUGGCCGCUUCCUGGUGACGAACUAUGUGCCGGGGGCUGUACACAGCUUUACAUUGGGCCCCAACUUGGAAGCACUGGCCCCAGCCUCUGUGCUGGGUCUAGACGGCCCCCGCUGGGUGGGCCUGGGACCCAAUGGGGGGUUUGCCGUAAGCGAGGAGUUUGGGGACGUGCAGCUGUUUGGCAAUGCCUACCAGCCCCUGGGCUCCCUGGGGCGCCUGACGGGGCACACCUUCGGCAGCCCAACUGGUGUGUGCACCGAUGCGGAAGGUAGUCUUAUUGUGGCAGAUGAGCAGCGUCGGGAGGUGACCCUGUUCCCCAGGACUGGGGCACCCGUCUGCUUGGUGUCCAAGGGGCUGGGGCGGCCCUUGGGUGUGGCCUGUGUGCCCCAGAGUCGGCUGGUAGUGGCCGAUGCAGGGGACAGCUAUAUCAAGGUGUACCAGUACUCAGAGCUGACCUGACCCAGUGGGCUUGGAUGGCAGCCUGGAUU